GUGUGGUGGUUGACCUGCUUAUCACGUGACCCGGAUAUACCUAAGACAUCCUUUUCCGGGUGGAAGGUUACUCUUCCGGUAGAAGCAGCGGUACCUCCAAAAUCAUCAGCGGUGAAAGCCACGGAAUUCCCUUUAGACACAGUAGAACCGGGACACAUUUGUCAGACAAGAUGCUGAGGAGAAAACCGACUCGCCUGGAGCUGAAGAUGGACGACACAGACGAGUUUGAGAGCAUCAAGAAGGAGCUUGAGGCCCGGAAGCGUCAGCGCGAAGAGGCGGAAUCAGGAGGUGGAGUGGGCGGGGCUUCUGUCAUGGGUGUGGACGGCUGCGGGGCGGAGGCUUCGUCAUCUUCAGUCGCAUCGAGGGUGGAGCUUAUCAACGAACGUAUCGGCUACAAGCCACACCCCAAACCGGCCACCCUGCCCACACUCUUUGGAAGUUUACAGUUUUAAUAACGUGUAAAUAUGAAAAUCUACAGUGCUACUGUCACAAUAGCUCCAAGGGGAUUACUAACGUUAUUUAUGGCUGCAGUGUGAUGCUCAAAGGCACAUCAGUGGGGUGACUGAGGCUGCCGGGAGUUGACAUUUUAUUCUCAUGAUACAUGUAUCAGUAAGAUCUUGUAAAAGGCUUAGUCACGUGGCACUAACAUGAAAAAAAGCAUUGUCAGACCGUGAGGUCGGCUGACAAGCUCCAUCCUCCAUCACUCAGAAGAUCAAGAGAACAUGGAGUGUGUGCUGACCAUCUGUCAGCAAAAUGUCACCCUUGAACAUUUUUUUCCCAACAAAUAAAUAAUAUGUUGAUUUUUCCGCUGCUCA